GGUGAAAUUCACUGGCAAGAAAUUCUUAUUCACUUAAAAUUUUGUUUUUAUUUACAUUGACGAUGAGAACUGCAAAACCACUAAGUUAGAAUAGAAUCAGAAUCCUGUAAUUUUUAGUGAAAACUGCUCGAAAAUCCAUCGUUUUGAUUGGAUCAACCUAACAAGAUCUUAAUGCUGAAGUGAAUGAUCUGAGAAGUUAGACUUUUCGGUUUCUUCUUUGUUAGUUUGUUUCAAAGCUUCAAUCUUCCGCAUCUCUUGUUAUGGCCGCGCCUUUUUUCUCAACGCCUUUUCAACCUUAUGUUUACCAGAGUCCACAAGAUGCAGUAAUACCUUUCCAGAUUUUAGGUGGUGAAGCUCAGGUUGUUCAGAUAAUGUUGAAGCCACAACAGACGUUUAUUGCAAGGCCUGGUUCCAUGUGCUUCAUGUCUGGGUCCAUUGAAAUGGAAAAUGUUUACAUCCCUGAAAAUGAAGUGGGCAUGUGGCAGUGGCUUUUUGGCAAGAGCAUUACUAGUGUAGUUUUCCGCAAUUCUGGUACAAGUGAUGGAUUUGUUGGAAUAGCUGCACCCUCUCUAGCUAGGAUUCUCCCGAUUGAUUUAGCAAUGUUUGGGGGAGAGCUUUUAUGCCAGCCAGAUGCAUUUUUGUGCUCUGUCAAUGAUGUCAAAGUCAAUAGUACUGUUGAUCAAAGGCCACACAAUGUUGUUGCUGGUGUAGAGGGAUUUCUGAGACAGAAGCUAACUGGCCAGGGCCUUGCAUUUAUUCUUGCUGGUGGAUCUGUUGUGCAGAAAAAUCUUGAAGUGGGUGAGGUACUAUCUGUUGAUGUGUCUUGCAUUGUCGCACUCACUACCUCUGUCAAUGUCCAAAUCAAAUACAAUGGACCCAUGCGAAGGGUGGUAUUUGGAGGUGACAAUUUGGUGACGGCUGUUCUUACAGGACCUGGCAUUGUCUUCAUUCAGAGUUUGCCUUUUCAGAGACUUUCUCAGCGCAUUGCUAGGGCGGUUACAUCACCAAACAUGAGGGAAAAUCCAAAGUUCUUUGUUCAGAUAGCCAUUUUCUUUUUUCUUGCCUAUGUUGUGAUUGUAUCUUCAUUAAUCUUGACUGAUGUAUGAAAUUAGUUUAAACUUUCAGAAUCCCAUAAGAUAAAAUGUUCUUCUUUGUUUAAA